AUGAAUUUCUUUUACUUUGGUGGUUUAAAAGUUCCAGCAAAUUCUUUGUAUAUUAAAGAACAUGUCUUGCCAUACUCUUCUCAUAGAAAAGAUUUCAAAAAUGGUGCGUCUUCUACCACCAUCACCACCACUUCUACACCUCCUUUACCAUCUUUUAUUAGUGGACCAAAGAUUUGGAGAAUAAAUAACUUUGAUAUUGGAUUUGGGCUUGGUAAAGGACAAUAUGGAGAUGUUUAUCUUGCAAGAGAGAAAACAAGUGGAUAUAUCGUUGCAUUGAAAGCAAUGUACAUACCAAAGAUGAUUGAACUUAAUGUUGAAAAACAAUUGAGAAGAGAAAUUGAAAUACAAAGUAAUCUAAGGUAG